AGUCGCCGCACGCGUCUCGUUUUUCGCGCGCUUCUCGCCAAUUCUCGGUAAAUGCGCAAAAAAGCCAGCAACAAAAUCAAAUCAAAUCGCAACGCAACGCAUGGUGAAUACAUGUCUGUAUUUUAUAAAUAGAUCGGCCACAGCCAUAAAAAGCAUAUUUCGAAUGAAUCAAGAGAAGAAAAAAAAGUGAGACACAAAGUUGAUUAUAACGAUUCUUUGUUUUUUUGAAAGAAUUUGCCGCGCGCGCGAAUUAGUUUCGAAAAUUGCGUAUACGCACGGUCUACGAAACACACGAAUUAAAUUAAACCUACCACAACAAAGGGAACACACACACACACACGCAACCAACAUUUAGCAAAUGGCAUAUCAAAAACCGAAAAACCAAUAAACAUUUCCUAGUAUUUUACAACGAACAGAGGAUAUCUAUAUGGAUUUAUAUAGCUCGAUUUAUAUAGCAAUCAAGGAUACAGAGGAUACUUUCGAGGAAUAGCAGCGAUGCCUGCCCAAGGAUUGCAAUCUCCACCAGGUCGACAGGCUAACGGCAUAUCAGGAUAAUAAUAAAAAUAAUAAUAAUACCAGGGACUUGGACAUCAUGGCUCCUCUAUUUGUCUAGUUGGCAAAUACCAGCGAACCGGGAACCAGGCCACACACACACACCCAGAAACACUCACACAUACACACCAUCAGACACAUUCACAAUCACACACACACGUUUACACUCUUAGACAAACAAGGACGUUUGUCAUUGUGUGCGUCAAGGACGCUGACACAUGUACAAGCUCACAAAGCGCUGUGCCAUACAAACAAACCAGUGUCGCAAGUGGGCGUGCCAGCUGGGCGGCCUCUGAUUAAAUAUACAUCAGUCAAGCGCAAGGAUCCUAAUUUCCAGCAGUUGUCCCAUGUAAAAGGACACGGGCAACGACGGCAACGGGAAGAGCGCAAAACAGGACAGGACAGCAACUUAUUUAGCAGGAAAAUGGCGCGACGCAAAGGCAGCGGUCGAGGCAAAUCUACUGUGAAUUCACGCAAGAGUGCUUUGGAAACUGGGCGUGAAAAACUUAAAGAUGAGCCUGCUGCAAAUACGUCACAGGGUAAUAAAUUCGAUAAUAAUAUGGAAAAUGCAACAACCACAACGGCCAAGCAUUAUAAAACCGCAGGCAAACAGUACAAGACCAACAAAGUGAACAAUACGCGACGUGCCACAGCAGCAGCAGCGGCGGCAGCAGCAGCAGCAGCAACAGCAUUAACCACAACAGUAACAACGGCAGCAACAUCAACCAAGAAGCAGACAUAUCGAGAAACUGCAACAGCAACAACCACAGUCACUCAGAGAACAAGCAACAAAGCGAACAGAGCAACAGCAGCAGCAGCAACAGCAACAGCGGCAACAGAAGCGACAUCAACAGUGUCCAAAUCCACAGCAGCAGCACCCGAUGUUGCAGGUGGCAAUAGCAACAGCAGCAACAGUAAACCCAGUACAAGCACACGAGAUAAACUAAGCGAGUUGCCGCUGUCGAUUGCUGACAACAGCAACCACAUCAUCAUCAGCAACAACAACAACAAUAAUAAUAACAAUAACAACAACAAUAAUAAUAAUAAUAAAUCAAAUAACAACAACCAUAAUAAUAACAACAACCACCACAGUGAUAAUAGUAUUAGUGAGAAUAAUUAUGAAUUUAAGUGUAGAGAUAAAGCAAGUCUAAGUGAUAGCAAAAUGACGCUACAGCAGAUGGCAGCCGUCGGCAGCAACCAGGAGCCAGUGGCUCCGAACGCGGCCAACGCGAGCAUCAUCAUCGGCAGCAGCCAAACCACCGCAAAUGCCACACCCGCCACCGCCACCGAUGAGGCUCCGUUGGGGGAUUGGUCAAAUAUUUCACGCUAUCUGCACAAGAAGUUCAAACGUUUGGCCAGCACCACCGAAGUGGAGAGCGUUGGCGCGACGAACGGUGCUGGUGGUGGUGGUGGUGGCCAUCACCCAAGUGGCGAUGCCGUACGCACCUCAUCGUUGUCUUCGAACAGUUCGCUCUCGCCGCCGCCACCACAACCACAACCGCCGCUGGCCAAUGGUCACAACCAUGCGAUGACCCAACAGCCAAACCAUCAGCCAGUGCAGCAGCAGCAGCAACAUCAACAGCAGCAGCAGCAGCAGCAGCCACCGCCAGCAGCAACACAUGAAUUCAGUGCCAAUUUUGUAAAUAGCAAUCAUGUCAAUGCCAUUGGUCAUGAGGAGAGCAACAGUGGCUAUAAAGCAGCGGCCAGAACGCGAACGCCGCUCAGUAAUAGCAACACGAACAGCAACUAUGCGGCAUGUGCCACCACGCUAUCGCCGAUAACAUUUGCCCAGUAUCAGCAAAUGACGCAGCCAGCGACGGCAAGUCCGGGAAUCCCUGGCGGAGCAGCAGCCGUAGCAAAUCCCCCGGGCGAAAAGUCCGGUAGGUACGUUUGCCCCUACUGCAAUCUGAUCUGUGCCAAGCCAUCGGUGCUGGAGAAGCACAUACGGGCGCACACCAACGAGCGACCCUAUCCCUGCGACACUUGUGGCAUUGCCUUCAAGACGAAGAGCAACCUGUACAAGCACUGCCGUUCGCGAUCGCACGCGGCCAGAGCUCGCGGCUUGGAGGUGCCAGUCGAUGCAGAUGACGGGCUGUCCGAUCAGGAUGCAGAACUGAGCAAUAGUAGUUCCGAGUUGCCAAGUCGCGCUGGUUCGCCGUACGAUGAGCCGAUGAGUUCGCCCACACCCUCACCUUCCACUUUGUCGGCGGCGAAGAGUGCUUACAUCCAGCAGCCGCCGCUGCCGCAGCACAUGCAACAGUUGCCGCUGGGCUCGCCGGCGGCGGGGACAUUGCCACCCACCACUGCGGAUAACCUGCACUCGGCCACUGCCCAGCAUCGCCAGUCGAUCGACUACAAGCCAUAUAAGCCGAAGUUCCACAACGCCUCGCUGUAUGCACCCGGCAGCAGCAAGGAGCAACAGCAGCAGCAGCAGCAACAGUUGCAAAUGCAGCAGCAGCAACAGCAGCAGCAACACCAAAUGGCCCAGCAGAAGCUAUCCAUUCAACUGCCUCUGGUGCAGCAGCCACCUCUUGCUCAUCCCACGCUCUCGCCCAGCACGCAAAUGAAGAUGAAGCACCACAUUAACUCGCACCAGAUCCAGUUGCAGAUGCAGCAGCAGCAGUCACUGUUGGCCCAGCAAUCGCUGCUAGCCGCCAUGCCAGUGACACCCAGUGGUGUUUACUACCUUGGCCAGCCUCCGUUUUACAACCAAGAUGCAGCGGCGGCAGCCAUUCAUCAGCAUGCGUUGGUCCUUCAGCAAUUUCAACUGCAGCAGCUUCACUUGGCCCAGCAGCAACAGCAGCAGCAACAACAGCAGCAACAGCAGCAGCAACACUCACCUUUGGUAAAGGCGCCACCACCGAUGCAACAGCCUCCAAGUUUGCCGCCUCAACAGCUGGUGCGAGCCAAUAGCCAGGUUUCCAGUGCAGGAACAGCACCGGCCACUCCCACGCCCGCCGCCAAUCUCAGCAGUUUUGCCAGCUCCAGUGGCGGCAUGCAGGUGAACGUGGCCAAAGUACAGGAGCACAUUUCCAAGUUGAUCUCGCAAAAUGAAGCCAUUGUGGAGAAUAAGGAGAUACUGCUGCAGAAGAAGUACCCCAAACAACUCAGUCGUUCCCGCAGCUUCAACAAUGCCAACAGCAACAAUAGCUCGCAACACGGAAGCAACCCGGUGGCAUUGCAUGCAAACAAUAGUCACAACAGCAAUGCACAGAUGCCAGAGCGCGAGACUAAAGUGAAUUUGGCACAGGCCAUAGUCCAAAAACAGCAGCAACAACAACAGCAGCAGCAGCAGCAACAGCAACUCCAGCAACAGCAGCAGCAACAACUCAUCCAACAGCAGCAACUCGAGCAGCAGAACUACUAUUCGUACAUGCAACAGCAACAGGAGAACCAGCAGCAGCAGCAACAACAGCAACUGGAACCGCCAAAUGGCUUGGUUAAACGCAACUCAUAUAAGCCAACUCCAGCUGCUACGACUCCUGUGAAGCAGCAGCAACAACUGCCUCCCCCGCCCUCCCCACUGCCCAUGCAAACGAUGCAAUAUCGUCAGGAUCCCGCAACGCCAGUGGCCAAAAUCGAGCAACCAACGACGGCAGCUCAUGUGAUGCCCUUGAACUUGUCAGCCAAACCGAAGCCAACUCUGGUUACAGUGCCAGUUGGUUCCCUACCCACCAGCUCUGUGGCCACAGCAGCUUCGACCUCUGCAACUCCUGGUAGCAGCUCGAAGAAUGCUCCACCUCCUGCACAGGUUAACAAUUCGAUCAUCAAGAAUUUGCUGCUGAAUGCUCGAGGAUUGGCUGUGCCAAUUGGCGAGGGCGAUGAUGCCGUCUACUCGUGUCCGAUCUGCGCGAGCGAAUUCCGCAGUGCGGAUGAUCUGAAGCUGCACAAUAGCACCACCUGCCAGGAUGCAAGCUCCAGCGCUCCCAUGAGUCCCGCCUCAUCGCCCUUCCGCUCCAAUUCGAUCUCCUUAAGUUUGCCGGAGCUGAAGUGCCACAUGGCCAACUCGAAGAAUCCACUUUCUCUGGCCAAGUUGGCCUGGUCGCAGUUGAAAACCAAGAGGAGUAGUUUGGUCUUGAGUCGCCUCAGUGCAGCACAAACGCCAGCGAGGACAUCUACGGUUACAGCUUCCACUUUGACUGCACCGACAAAUGCGCCUGCUCCAGUUUCAGCUGCUGCUUCAGCUCCCCUAACAGUUCCUGCUCCUCAGAUUGAAGCUCUGCGGUUUGUGGAUGCUCCGCUGCCUUCGCCGGGUCCUCUGUUGGGAAAAACUCCGCUAGUGGACUACGCCCAGCAGAAUGCGCCACGAAAGGCACAAGAUUCUGUGGUCAUUACUAAAAUGCACGAGGACCGACAGUUUGGUGUGCGCGACAUUGAAGCUCAGCCCGCCAAGCGAGCGAAGACCAGCGAUCAGGUGGCUGCUUCCACCUCCCAGCAAAAUCCAAGCUUCAACUUCUCCUUCAACAACCACAACAAUGGCAACAGUGUUCAGGAGUUGCAGUCGAGCAAGGAGGAGCGACUGCGUCGAUUAACCUACUCUGGCGGCAGCAUGAUUCCCAUCUCGGAAUGUCCUGACAUGGACAACAGUCCCAAGAUGAUACGCACUCCCUUGCUGUCCGGUGGAAGUUUCCAGGAUGUUUCAGGCAAGGGUAACAACGAAACAGGAUCGUCGAGCAAGGAACGCAAGCUGAUGGCUCUGGUUAGUGGUAGUGGACUGCUUGGCGUGAGCUCAGGACCUCAGCACUUUCAGUUUCCGCCCAUCAACUCGAUAACUGCCUUCAAUCCGCUCACUUUGCCGCCAAUGAGCAGCGGAGAUAAGUCCACUCCAGUCACACCAAUACCUCAUGUGCCCGGAAUGCCGGGUCCUGGAAGUUUGACACCACAAAUGCCGUUGCUGCCACCACCACCACAGCAACUUCAAUUGAGAGUUCCUUCGGGACGAGGACGUAGUCCGAAUCGCAAGCAACCCAGUCCUCUUCUCCUGGGAGGAGCAGUUGGCGAACUAAAGGCCCUGUCACCAUUCGGUGGAGUUCAGAAUUUGCCCAGCGAGUUCAGCCGCCAGCCACCAACUCCUGCCCAGCGUCAAGCUCUCCAGUGGAACAGCAAGGAGACUCCCAAGAAGGCACCCUUUAACUUCCUUCGCAUGGCUGAUAAUGUAAAGACCUCGGAACCGGAAGUUCGUCAUUUCAAUCUGGACAAUGUGAUUGCUGGAAAGCAGCAGGAGUUGCCGCUCACACCACUGCAUGUGGAAACUCCAAAUGGAAACGGAAAUGCCGCAGAGGAAGUGAGUCCUGCUGCGAGUUCCUCGACAUCGGCAAAAUCCAAGUUUCUGCGACCCACUAGCUUGCCACUGAAACCUGGAACCUUUACGCCAAAGCGCCAUCAUGGAAUUACGCCCACGGCAAAUACACUGCCUCUGAUCUCGCCGGAAACACCGAGGCCCUCCAAGUCCUGUGUGCAACUCUAUCUCAAUGGACACGCCUACACCUAUUUGGGUCUGAAGUGCAGCACCAAGAUGUUCUACUGCACGGUGAACUGCCCGCAACCUUCGUACGUGGCUGGAAUGCACAAGCUAUCGAUGUACAGCGUGUGGCAGGUGUGCGAGGAGAAUCAGCCUCAUCCGCUUGGAUUCAAACUGAAGCAAGUGAUGGCUCUCUACGACUCACGGCAAAGGAUGCUGGGAAAUAGCAGCUCGACUGCGAUGGCUGGAUCGGGAAAACUGAGCUACAAUCUCGUAUCCGCCCAGCAGACCGUUUCCUCCACUUCAACUUUGUCCAGUAGCAGUGCCUUCUAUCAGGGUCCUCUGAAAACGCCACCAACUGUCACGAUCGCCGCUCUCAGCGAGGCAAACGUGGCGGCCAAGGCGAACGAGGAGGCGGAGGCCAAGAAGCUGGAGACCAGUCCCUCUGGACAGCCUCUGGUCGGAGGCUACGAAUCCCACGAGGAUUACACGUACAUCCGGGGAAGAGGAAGGGGACGAUAUGUGUGCUCUGAGUGCGGCAUUCGCUGCAAGAAGCCAUCGAUGCUCAAGAAGCACAUUCGCACCCACACGGAUGUGAGGCCAUUCACCUGCAGUCACUGCAAUUUCAGUUUCAAAACCAAGGGAAAUCUGACCAAGCACAUGCAAUCAAAGACCCACUUCAAGAAGUGCAUUGAACUGGGCAUCAAUCCGGGACCAAUGCCACCAGAUAGCGAGUUCCUGGAUGUGGACAUGGACUUUGAUCAGCAGUCAUCCACUUCGGCUGGAGGACGCACAUCCUCAAUGGCCGGAGAAUCCGAUUCGGAUGAUUAUAGCGACAAUGAAUCGGAAAGCAGCGACACGGACGAAUCCAAAUCCCGAUUAAAAGAGCACGAGGCAGCCAGGGGUCUGUUAUCGCUAUCGAUGACGCCGCCCAUUCCGCAGAGCGUCUCUCCUUACCCGCAGCUGCAGGAUACACCUCUUCCGGCGGCGAGUCCUGCCAACAGCAUUGGCUCUUCGGGUUCGCUGCCCAAAAGAUUGAUUUGCUCUUUUACAUCGCCGAAGCCACCGUUCGACUAUCAGAAGCAGGAACAGUAUUAUUCCAAUCCGGAGGAGUCCAAGCCAAAACGCAGCGGUGCCAGCGAGGAGAGCGCCCCCAUGGAUCUCACUAAGCCACGGGGUUCCAUGUCUGCCAUCUCCCCAUCGCCAGCUCAGAUUCCUGUUCAGGAUCUUCCCAAGUCGCAGGCCCAGCAGAUGCACGAUGUGAUCUUUGGCAGCGCUGGCAACGAGAGCGGUUUCAUGAAGACCCUGAUCUCGGUGUCGGACAAGGUGCGAAUCUCCGCCGAAAUGGAGGAGCUGGCCAAGCACGACGCGGAGUGCGAAGAUGUUCAGUUGCAGACGUACAUCAAGGAGCAUGCCCUGCACCAGGCCAAGAUUAAGCAGAGCCAAUUCAGUCGCAGUUAUCUGAUCAACAGCGUAUAUUCCGCGGCAUCUCCCGUGAUGAGCAGCAGCAGCAACCUAUUUACCACCAACAAUAGACCCGUCAUGAGCAUCAAUGAGGUUCCCAGCAUAGAAGUUCAUGAAGUGAAGACACCUGAAGCCGUUGAGCUGCCUUCGAUGGGUCCGGAAACUCCUUCAGCUCCACCAACGCCAACGCCAGCGAAGAUUGCCAAGGAGGAAAGGGAGGAAAACGAAACCAAUGUGGAUCAGGAAAAGCCCACCGUUGUUGAGCCUCAUAAUGCCAAUCUUCCUGCUGCCGUGCAGCAACCGGAUGCCAAUGAUUUCAGUGGAGUGCUGGGUAAUCCGCCACCUUCAGCAACAGUAUCUGUAGCUGCUGCAAUAACCACUUCAACAGCUGCCCCUGUGGCAUCUCCUGCUGCUCCGGUGGCAUCCUCAGCUGCUGCAUCAAACUCAACGCAACCCACCCAGCGAACGGUGAUUGUGGGCGAGGAUGGCUUCAAGAACUCCACGCCAAGCAGCAAGGGUAACGACUUGCAGCAUGUAGCCUACGGCAGAGGAGUGCCACCAGCUCCCAUGGCAAGUGAUGCUCGGCCCACGUGCACCAUCUGCGCCAAGACGUUCCAGCGCCAACAUCAGCUCACCCUGCACAUGAACAUUCACUACAUGGAGCGCAAAUUCAAGUGCGAACCGUGCAGCAUUUCCUUCCGCACGCAGGGUCAUCUGCAGAAGCACGAGCGAUCCGAGGCGCACAAGAACAAGGUGAUGAUGACGUCGACGUUCGGGGUUCCAACCACCUCCAAUCCGCGUCCCUUCGAGUGCACCGACUGCAAGAUAGCCUUCCGCAUCCACGGGCACUUGGCCAAGCAUCUCCGCUCGAAGACGCAUGUCCAGAAGUUGGAGUGCCUGCAGAAGCUGCCAUUUGGAACGUUCGCCGAAAUCGAACGCGCUGGAAUAAGUCUCACUGAAAUCGAUACAAGCGACUGCGAGAAUUCGCUGACAUCACUCAAGUUGCUGGCCCAAAAGCUGCUGGAGAAGGAUCCCAACAAGCUGAGUGGCUACACAACGCCCUCGGGCAUGCUGCCGGUGACCCAGGAUCCAGCUAAUCCUGUCUCGCAGGAUAGUGCGUCCGAAGAUGGCUUCAGCGCGGCCAUAGCCUCGGCGAUCGCCUCGCUGGACAACGACAGUGCUGGCAACACGCCAAAGCGUGGCAGUUCCAUGUCCGAGGACGAAACGGUGGCCAAUGGCCUGAACCACAACCUGAAGCGUCGGUUGCCGGGCAGCUUUAGCAGCACGGGUGAGGAGAGCGACAAUCCCGCAGAGGGCAGUGGCGAGAAGCGGGCUCGUUCUGGCCAGGAUUUACCUGUUCCCGUUGCCGUUCCUGUGGCCGCUUCGGCGGCGGCGAGCAACUGACAGUACAUGUACAUGCUGCAGCCCAGCUGAGGCUAUCAGUAUCCGGCGGCUUACCACCUGGACACCAGUCAGUACCCCGUCUACAAUUCCAGGAUCGAGGGCCACCGCCAUGACCAAACCACCUCCAACGAGCGCAUAUCAAAUGUCUAAGCAUAUCGCAUUUGGGCACACACACAACUUACUCUAGAGCUAGCCUAUAAGACCCCCCAACUACCACCUCUCUUCAGUUAUGUUCCCAACUAGUGUUGGGCUAAUCGCGAAUUGCGAAUCGCAAUCGAGCGAUUGGAGAGCCAGAUGAUAAGCGAGUCAGCUAUUCCAGUGUAAACACUCUUGGGUAAUUUGCCCAGAAAGAAUCUUAUACAAAAAGUCUUAAAUGGUUUGCCAAGGCAGUUACAACGCAUGCAGAUCUGCUUUCGAUCUGCCUCUUAAGUAUUUAGUUUAAGGAAUCGUCAUCAGCUAGCCCUAGUUAUAAGCCAAACCAACAAGCACACGUAUAAAUCUAUAUAUAUUAUAUACAUUUAACCAUAGUUUGUUUUCGAAAUGCAUAAAUGCAUCAACUCCUGAAGUGCUGUGAGUCUAUCUACAAAUGUAAAGCGCCGAAAGCGAGAAAAGUGUGUUAUCUAUAAGGCCUAGCCCCAAAUAAUGAAUCCAAAACGAACCAUAACACCUACGCUGAGUAUAUUGGUUUUCCAUGUCCAAAAUAAUUCAUCUGAAAAUCACAUAGUUCUUCCUUA